AUGCCGCCGAGAAGGAGCCAUCGAAAGUCCCGCUUGGGUUGUCUUCAAUGCAAGAGAAGAAAGAUAAAGUGUGACGAGACGCCGCCGCCAUGCGGCAACUGCAAAAAGCACAAUAUUGAGUGCCAAUUCGCAACCCCUCCUGGGGCCGUACCUGCGAAUAAUAGCACGUGUCGUUGGCCAUCAACGAUCGUCAAUAGACCCCCUCCCGUGCUGCCGCCUGUUUCUCUCCCUUCAAUUUCAAUGCCCAUUUCCUCAUCAACUGUUGACCAGCUGGAAAUCUUUACCACCUUUGACAGCACGAAUCCUCAGUUCACAUCUAAUUUACAUCUUGAUGAUUUGAAGCUUAUGCACCAUUACACCACGGUGACCUGUACGACACUUUCAAACACCCCGGAACAUAUCGAUAUUUGGAGAACCGUUAUCCCCAAAGAAGCGCUUGCUCACCCUUUUUUAAUGCACGGGCUUUUAUCUCUAUCAGCACUUCACCUCAUAGAGAGCAGCAGCAAUGACGACCCGAAUCGUCGGAAAUAUGUCGAAUUAGCCACCAUGCAUCAGCACCUUGCCCUUGCGGCGUUUCGACCAGUGUUGAAUGAUAUCACUCCAUCAAACUGCAACGCGGUAUUCGCGUUCUCGAGUCUCAUCGCUGCGCUAGCCUUUGCUUUCUCCCGAUUUGUCGGCAGACCCGGUGGGGGCGAACCUGUUGCGGAACUUCUUCAAGAUUUCCUUCUAUUUCGCGGUGUGGAGAGCGUCCUAAGUACGUUCUGGGAGAUCAUACAGAAGGGGGAGCUAGGGCCAAUGAUCCGGCGCCCUGCUAUUAAUGCAUCCCAACCGAUUUCUAAGGACGUCAUAAAUGCACUUGAUUAUCUGCACGAUUGCAAUGGCGACCAUGUAACCCAGCUGAGCGCGGAGGAAAAAGAUGCGAAUAAUCAUGCGAUUCGCGAGCUUCGUAUCUCAUUUGAGCGACCUGCUUCAAGUUGGGAGAAUGUUUUUCGCUGGCCGAUUCUUCUUCCGGAAGCGUACCUCGCCCAUCUGAAGGCCCGAAAACCCAUGGCGUUGGUGAUUCUUGCGCACUACUGUGUCGUUCUUUCCAGGCUGGAUUCGUGCUGGUGGUCACAAGGUUGGGCGACUCAUUUGUUCGAAGCGAUUUAUCGCUCUCUGGGCACGAGUUGGAGACCGCUACUGCGAUGGCCGAUGCAGAUGGUUGGGUUGGCUGAUAAACUGUCGAAAAUCCCAUGAGCUACAAAUGAUAUCUUGGUUGUAUCUAGGCCGUGCGCCAAAUUUAUGCUUCAUACGCUUCCUGUGUAAAUGAUGUACUGUACGAUAUUUUCCAAUGGUUUCAGGGAACUAUGGCGCAAAUAUUGUUAUGACGGAGUCGAUUGUAACUAGACUUUGACCUCUUCCUGGAGGCCUUGUGCGGAGAAUUAGAUUUUACUCCUUAGUAUAUAUACAUUCAUCACUGCUUGUUUUUAGUG